AUGUAUCAACAACAGAAAUUUUACCCACAACAGACCGCUCACUCCCCGCCACCAUUACAACACCCGAUCCCCACUCAUCCACCGAUACAAAUGCGUGACCCACCGUCUGGUCCGCCUGGUUCGCCGUCUCCACCAAUAUCAACGGGAUAUAGUAUGAUGGGACAGCCAAUGUCAACACAAGGAAAUUACCAAGGAAAUUUCCAAGGGUGGCGGCUGGAGGGAGAAGCAGCGCAGAUGAGUUUACAGUUUGGGAAAACUGCCGUUAUUGCUGGUAGCGAAUACGUUGAGAAGAAUCCAUGGACGAGGUUGGUGAGAAGAUCUGAGCAAAAUGGACAAAUGGAAGGGUAUGAGCCACCACGAGAAGAUAUAAAUUCGCCUGAUUUGUACAUUCCAACAAUGGCUCUUGUAACAUACGUAUUACUUACAGGAAUAGUAGCAGGAACUGAGCACAAAUUCCACCCAGAAGUAUUAGGAAUGAAUGCUACAGCAGCAUUCCUUAUUGUUAUUUCUGAAUUGGCGUUCAUAAAGACUGGAUGUUAUUUGCUGAGUAUUACGUCUGAAAGUCAGUUCUUGGAUCUCAUGGCAUAUAGCGGAUACAAAUUCAUCGGAUCCAUAGCAACCCUGCUUGUAUCUCUCGUGGCUCCAUUCUGGAUUGUUCUUGUAACAUUCUUUUACGCUGCAUUUGCCAACGGAUUUUUCCUUCUUCGGUCGCUUCGGUAUAUUGUGAUUCCUGAGGCGACAACAACUGUCAAGCGUAAACGGAGAAUUAACUUUCUAUUUUUCAUUGCAGCUUUGCAAGUAGUAUUGAUUUCACUUGAUGGAUAUAAGACAUCUACAACAGUUGCGAAUGCAUCGGCUACGGCUGCUAGUGUCAGUGACGACAUUAAUGGAUAUAUGCUGCACUUAGUGCUUAAGGAUGACCAAUCAACAUCAGCUCAAUUCACCAUCAUUUCUGAGGAGGAAGCAGAGCUCUCGCGAUCGUACGACCGGAGCGAAGAUGCUUUCGCAUCUCGAGUGCCCGACUUAUCAGAUGAUACAAUAGAAGCGGAUGAAACGCCUAACGAAACCUCUUCCGCUUUACCAUCUAAAUUCCUGUCAAAAGACAAAAGACUGGUAAAAAAGGAGAGUCUUCUAUCAUAA